GCGCCAAGAUGAGUUCAGCUUAACCAGUUUAUGAUGAAUCAUGGAGAGGAUGUGAGAGGAUUGACUGCAUUGGCUGACACGAGCCAAGCUCGAGACAGUACAAACACCCAUGUUUGCUCCAAGGGUUGAUGUCCUUUGAUCUGCAAAAGAAAAGCCAGUCCCCUUUUCUUCUUCCUUGUUUCCUUCAAUUUCCUCGUCACAUUCAAGACCAGUGGGCUGCACCAUUUUCUUCCUCAUCUCCAUUAACCCAACACCAAUCAUGAGUCAGCUUCUAAUUUCCGCAUAUUAUUUUUAUACUUGAUGAUGGGCGACCGCAGUCUAUAUCUCCUCCCCCUCUGGUCUCUCUCAUCCCCUAUUUCGUCUUCAUAGCGUUGCUUGGCUCUCUCUCUCGUAUUGGCAGAUGCAGGACCCGCUAUUUACGUUUCCUUCCUGCUUCGCUCCCGGCGAGCGGCUCCCCGAGGAUCCCACCACCGCAGCUGCGACCAAGUCGGGCCAGAGCAUCGUCACGUCCAUUUACCGCACCAAGAUCGCAGGCCACUGCCGGCUGAUCACCGUCACCUGGUGCCGGGACGUGCUGGUCCGCGGCCUCUCGGUGUCGGUCGACGACGAGGGCUCAGGGAGCGGUACCGAAAGCUGCGGCGGCGGCGGCGGCAGCCAGCUGGUUUGCUUCAAGGUGGAGAUGCGGCCAUGGCACUUCUGGCGCAAGCACGGCUCGAGGCGCUUCCAGGUGGAAGGGAAGGCCGUGGACGUCCUGUGGGACCUUCGGAGCGCGAAAUUCUCCGGCGAGCCGGAGCCGCAGUCCGGCUUCUACGUCGCGGUGGCCUCCGACCACGAGGUGGUGCUUCUGCUGGGCGACAACAAGAAGGAGGCCUACCGGAAAACCUGGUGCCGCCCGGCCACCAUCGACGCCACCCUGGUGUCCAGGAAGGAGCACGUCUUCGGGAGGACGCGGUUCGUGACGCGAGCUCGGUUCCAGGACAAGGACAGGCCGCACGAGAUCGCCAUCGAGUACAGCAGCAGCAGCAGCGGCUGUAGCAUCGGCGGCAACAUCGACCCGGAGAUGGUGGUCAAGAUCGACGGCUCGGUGGCCAUCCACGUGAAGCAUCUGCAGUGGAAGUUCCGGGGGAACGAGUGCAUCACGGUGAGCAGGGCGCGAGUGGAGGUGUACUGGGACGUCCACGACUGGCUCUUCAGCCCGGGGCUGAGGCACGCCAUGUUCAUCUUCAAGCCCAUCGCGCUGCUCAGCUCCUCGAUGCCGCUGUCGUCUUCUUCCUCGAGCACCGUCGACAAACACAUUGCGCUCAUGACGGGCUCCUCGGGGUUCUGCUUGUUCCUCUAUGCAUGGAAGUUAGAUUGACCAUGUCACGGUCCAAUGUUACUGCUGCUAUCAUCGCGGAGGAGAAGGGAGGGGAUGACUGGCGAGCACAUGGGAAGUCGGGGGAGGUCGAAAGGUAGCAACAGCUGGUGUGGUUGAAUAAAGGGACAUGAUAAAGGAUGACAGAGUGGACUCACCAACAUGGCGUCCAAUAAUGCUAUUCUCUCAACAGUCCAAGCCACCACCGUCACCGCUACCGCUACGACCACCUCCAGCUUUCCUCCCCCUGUAAACCACACCCCAAAUCUCUCUUCUUUGUUGCUUCUGCUGCUGCUGCAUUUGAUUCCGCGUCAUUCAUCGAGAUCAGAUUCGCUCCCCCUUCCCCAAAUUAAUUAGACGAUCCAAUAAUUUAACUGUAUAAUCACUUUAAUUGAUGUGUUCUUGCA